AUGGAUGGUGCCCUGUCUGCACAUCGUUUCCGGGGGCAACCCUGGCUUCCGCGGCUCAUGAUGCCUGUCGACCGUUUGGCCGCCCACCCCUCUCCCUUGAACGACCCUCAGGCCAGUUUUGUUCUUCUUCUGCGAGCCUACCCCCCAGACAAGAUGCGACGCUACUCAAGGUCGACACCCGCCUCGGCCGAAUUCGGUCGCAGCCGGGUGGAAUUCUCUAAUAAAGUGCGGCGAUGUUGUUGCUGGCGAAGAAGAAAAGGGUCCCAGGAAGAAAGAAAGCAAGACCCGGGAGAAGAAAAGAUCCGGCGACUUCGACUUCUUUGUCUCUCUGCCAUGUGCUGA